AUGGGUUCUGACUACUUCCCAAAUUCAGUAACCUAUCUCAGCUCGGGAGGCAAAGUUGGUGAUAAGAUUCUUGCCGAGGUCAGCUGUGACAAAUUUGGCAAAACGCUUGCAUACACGUCCAUCAAAUUUUCCAACAGCAAGGGCGAGGUUGUUGCAAGAGGAAGCCACACCAAAUACGUGGCGCUCGCUUGGAAAGACCCUCAGAAUAUUGUCGAAGAGCUCGGUGGGCGUAAACAGCAAUAG